GUAGUUCGUAUGUUAGAGAGGGAAGGAGGGGGCGGAGUGACGCGGCGGCCAUUAGCUGUGUGUAGUUGCCCGGGACUGGGAGCUUAAGUGAAGAGGGAAGUCUUAUUCGGUGGAAAUCCGCUGUGGCGAUGGGCUACUGCCGGGGCUAGCCCUCGAGUACGGAGAAGGUGGACUUUACGGUUCCUCGCCCCGCCAAGUGGCGGGGCCCACUAGGCCCCCGGGCAUCCCCGGUCUCAAGUAGGCCUAGUCUGCCGGCAAGGGCGCCCCCAAAAGCGGAGGCGCCAUGUCGCUGGUUGCUUACGCCAGCAGCGAUGAAAGUGAGCCGGAUGAAGCGGAGCCGGAGGAGGAGGCGGCGGCACCCACAUCUGGGCCGACUUUAGGGGGCUUGUUCGCUUCUCUCCCCGCACCCAAGGGUCCGGCCCUGCUGCCUCCGCCCCCUCAGAUGCUAGCCCCCGCCUUUCCCCCUCCGCUGUUGCUGCCCCCACCCGGCGGGGCCCCCCGGGCCCUGGGCCCUGGCCUCAGCCUGCCCCCCCCUAUCGGCGGUGCCGGGCCCCCCCUGGGGCUUCCCAAGCCAAAGAAGAGAACGGAGCCCGUGAAGAUUGCGGCGCCGGAGCUGCAUAAGGGGGAUUCAGAUUCCGAGGAAGAUGAACCCACAAAGAAGAAAACUGUCCUUCAGGGAUCUGGCCAGGGGACUGGUUUGUCUGCCUUGCUUCCCCAACCUAAAAACCUGACUGUGAAAGAGACUAACAGGUUGCUCCUGCCCCAUGCCUUCUCUCGGAAACCCUCGGAUGGCUCCUCUGACACUAAGCCCUCCAGGCAGGCUUCUAAGACCAAGCCCUCCUCUCUUGCCCCUGUUGUGGGCACCACAACCACCACGCCGUCGCCCUCCGCCAUCAAGGCUGCUGCCAAGAGUGCUGCCCUGCAGGUGACGAAGCAGAUCACACAGGAGGAGGACGACAGUGAUGAAGAAGUAGCCCCUGAGAACUUUUUCUCCCUCCCUGACAAGGCUGAGCCACCUGGAGUUGAGCCAUACCCUUACCCCAUUCCCUCUGUCCCUGAAGAGCUGCCUCCAGGCACGGAACCAGAACCCGCCUUCCAGGAUGACGCAGCCAAUGCGCCCCUCGAAUUCAAGAUGGCAGCAGGCUCAAGUGGGGCCCCUUGGAUGCCCAAGCCUGGGGACGACUACAGCUACUGUCAGUUCUCCACAUAUGGCGAUGCCAAUGCCGCUGGUGCUUAUUAUCAGGAUUAUUACAGUGGUGGCUACUAUCCUGUACAGGACCCGACCCUGGUACCCCCCCAGGAAAUUGCUUCAGAUGCCUCCUUUAUCGAUGAUGAAGCAUUUAAGCGGCUGCAGGGCAAGAGGAACCGAGGGAGGGAGGAGAUCAACUUUGUGGAGAUCAAAGGUGAUGACCAGCUCAGUGGGGCCCAGCAGUGGAUGACCAAGUCAUUGACAGAAGAGAAAUCCAUGAAGUCAUUCAGCAAAAAGAAAGGUGAGCAGCCAACAGGCCAGCAGCGGCGGAAACACCAGAUCACAUAUCUGAUUCAUCAGGCUAAGGAGCGAGAGCUGGAGCUGAAGAACACUUGGUCCGAGAACAAGCUCAGCCGCCGGCAAACCCAAGCCAAGUACGGGUUCUAGGCUCCGGACCUGACUGCAGAUCCCAGGGUCUCUAGUAGCCCGCUGGCCCCGGCCCCUCGGGGACACCGGCUGCUCCAAGCCCAGGACCUCUUUCCUCGAGGAUCUAGCCCUCGCCUCUGCGAGAAUGAACAUAUUUGAUAGAUUUUUCUUACAAAAGUUAGAAAACUCAGCUCCUUUCUGUCUUGGAGCUAGCAAAGACUCGAGUGAUGCCUCAGAAGGGGCUCAGAGUUCUUGGAUGGGAAUUUGCUCCCUAUUGGGUGUGAUGAAAUGUUGAACCCCUCCCUCCACCUUUUUUUUUUUUAACCAGGGAUGUCUGUUGAAAUAAAACAUUCAGUCUGACAGA